CCUUUCGAAAAACGCGUCUGUCGCGGUCGGUGGUCCGCGACCCCCUUAGCCCGGCGCGUUGCUGCCAUCGUUGCUCCAUCAUUUCCGCUCCCCACUCUCCUUCCAAUAUACAAAACCUCUUCAUACUCUUCGUGACUUCUCAGUACUUUAAUUUGUACCUUCUACACAAAUCGAGACUUUUAAUUGCGCCUGCCAAUUCUCUCGUCUUCUACACUACAACUUCCGCUUGUACUCUGCAUCGCUCUUGAACGCCUGGAUUUACAUUCUGCCCAUCACCUAGACGACCAGCACUUGCACAUCUCGACGCAAUGGCUCGUGCAGCUUCUCGUCGGCAGGUCAAGCCUGUCGCUACGCCAGCGACCAACCUUAUCAGCAAGUACGGCCGACUCUCAAAAACACAACCUGCUCCUGUAGACGAUGCCUCAAAGAAGGUCUUCUUCAUCGGACUUCCCUCCUCUCUUCCAGUCGUCAAAACGGAGGUCAAGACAGAGAUCAAGCUCGAGUCCAGCCCGGAAAGAGCUCUCCCCCCUCAGCCUGCAGCGACACCCUCCAAGAAGCGCAAGUCAAGUUCGAUCGACGAAGACAUUUCACCAAGAGAUGCGAGAAGCGACGCCCCGAUACGCGAGUCUAUGAAGCGUCAGCGAGUCUUCAAAGAUACCAAGGACAAGCCUGUGCCCAUCAAGCUUGAGGUCAUCCCAACAACCGCAACCACCACUACUGCUUCUACAAGAAAGAGCACAACAUCACCAGUCGCCGACACCCGCCGAAAGACUCGCAAGUCGGACAUCAUCUCCCAAGCAAAGACCGAAGUGCGCAAAGCCAACCAAAAGGUCAAACGAACAAAGAAGCACAAUGCCACAAAGUCAGAGAUCAAGGAGGAGGUCGUCAAGAAGCAGCUGCCUGCCGAACUUCUGGAGCUCCUGGACCUGCAACGUGCCAUCCUCAAGACUGUUUCCCUUCAGCUUGUGCACCAAAACAACAACGCACCUCUUGAUAUCAGCUCCAUCACACCUCACGUCGCCCGCACAUGGGGAAAGAGGAAAGUCACAGUGGACGACAUUCGGAGAUGCAUUGCCAUCCAAGAUACAAAGACAGAAGGCCAGGAGGAUGGGUCCCUCGGCUCGCCCUUUAUCGUUACCGACUAUGGUCGCGGCAAGCUCUGCCUCGAGAUGGACCUCACUAAGAACACCAGCCGCAUCGAUGAGAACGAGCUUUGCCAACAAUUCGAGAAGAACCUCCACAUCAUGUGCUCCCAGCGCGCAAUGGAUGAGAUGUCAGAUCUCGACAUCUGCUUCGAGAACCUGAGCUUCAACGACCUGCCCAAGUCCAACAUUACCAUUCGUCACACGACGAUGUCGGCAAACCCCCUGUUCGCCAAGGGCCAACGCGCGCUGUCAGGAAUCAAGAGCGACAUCCUACUGAAGAAGGAGAAGGAGGCACAAGCCCAGGCAUUCAAAUUUCCGGCACUCAACCCCAAUGGCACCAAGAUGUCCCUCCUCGACAGACUCCGAGCCAAGGAGGAAGCCAACGCCAACAUUCAGCUCCCCACUGGUCCUGAGAUCGCGAGAAAGCGAGCGCUGCAGCGUGUCGGCGACAUCUCCGCCAUCAUUUCCAUGCUCGUGUCGUCGUCCAAUUCGGCCGGACAGAUGGUCAUUUCCUUCACCAUGCCUGUUCUGCAGCAAAAGCUCAAGGACUCUCUGCGCGUCCCCAUGCCCAUGGAGGAAGGUGUCGACGCGGUACGCCUGAUUGCUAAGGAGGUCGCACCGGAAUGGUUGAGGGUUGCCACGGUUGGUGGAAAGGAGCAUGUCGUCAUCCAGACGAGACGCAAGCCGUACGAGGCGGAGCUUGCCGCGCGAGUAAACCGACUUCUUGCAUAGAGGGAUUUCUGUGGUUGGAAGUUAUCGAGUGAAGUGUGCUAUAACGGUUGGAUUGAUGCAUGGCAUAGCGUGUUUUCUGCAUACGGAGUUUGGAAGAUACCACACAGAGGGACGAGAUUCAAAGAGAGAGUUGCGGGCGCCUGGUUCACUUGCAGGAGGCAGUAUUUAGACCUUACACGAUGAGGUGCAACCAGUCGCACACACACAUGUAGAGACUGCAACAAAUGCAGAAUAAUGGAAUCAGUGUAAUCGUCAGCUCUGGAGUCGCCAACUCAUCUAUUGUGCUGUAAAAACGUCUAGGAACCGUAACCUUCAUAAAGAGC